AUGGCGCCAACAUCACUGUCCUGUUAUGCCGAGGACACCCGGGGAUCUCGGCGGUGGCGACGCAGCUCGUCCGGGAGCCCGCCUUCCGGGCCGGCCAGGCGCUGCCCUGGGGGCGGCUGUUCCCGCUCUCCCUCCCGCGGCCGCGAGGGCCUCCGGCCUCGGUGGGGCGCGGCGGGCGCCGGCGCUCCUCACCCCCUUAGCCGCCCGGGGUCUCGGGAGCGGCCCCUCGGGCUCCGCAACUCCGCCUUCUCAUCCUCUGCAAUCCACUACGGCGGAUACCGUUACCACCACCACCACUACCACCACCACUAUGCGGGCGCCCGGCAGUGGGCGGAAGACUACCAGAAGGACAAGGAGGAGAGCUUUCGGCAGAGGCGGCUGAGAGCGAGAGAAAGGAUCGGGGAGGUGGGAGCUCCCGAGGUGUGGGGGCUGUCUCCGAAGUUUCCUGAGCCUGAUUCUGACGAAUACAGCCCAGCUGAGGAUGAAGAAGUCAAGACUCAGAAGAGCAGCAGUUCAGAUUCCGGCUCUGAAGAAAAAAGGAAAAAGAAGACCGGUCGUUCCAAAAACAAGAAAAAAAGAAAGAAAAAGUCCAAAAGAAAACAUAGGAAAUAUUCUGGUAAUAGUGACAGUAAUUCAGACUCGGACACUAAUUCUGGCUCUGAUGAUAAUAAAAAGAGAGUCAAAAAAGCCAAGAAGAAAGAAAAGAAAAAGAAACACAGAGCAAAAAACCCCAAGAAAAAGAAGAAUAAGAAGACUAAAAAAGAAUCCAGUGACUCAAGCUAUAAGGAUUCAGAAGGGGAGCAGCCAAGGAUUGCAGAUACCAUGGAUCUAAUAGGUCCAGAAGCACCUAUAAUACACACCUCUCAAGAUGAGAAACCUUUGAACUAUGGCCAUGCUCUACUCCCAGGGGAAGGUGCAGCUAUGGCUGAGUAUGUAAAAGCUGGAAAGCGUAUCCCACGAAGAGGUGAAAUUGGGCUGACAAGUGAAGAGAUUGCUUCAUUUGAAUGCUCAGGUUAUGUUAUGAGUGGUAGCAGGCAUCGCAGAAUGGAGGCUGUGCGACUGCGUAAAGAGAACCAGAUCUACAGUGCUGAUGAGAAGAGAGCCCUUGCAUCCUUUAACCAAGAGGAGAGACGGAAGAGAGAGAAUAAGAUUUUAGCCAGUUUCCGAGAGAUGGUGUACAGAAAGACAAAAGGGAAAGAUGACAACUAAGGACUUUUUGUUCUACAGCAGGACUUUUAACAACAACAACUUUAUAUGAGCAAAAUAAUAUUGAAACACUAUGUUGCUACUGUACCUAUGUUAGUAAGUCCCUCAAGAGAAAGCUGCUUUUUGAGCUCUCUUUAGCAAGUUAUUUUUUAUUUUUAACUUAAAAAAGUAAUAUGUGCACAUAGUUUAAAAAAUAUUCAAACGCUACAGUAAGAUAGUGAGUAAAAUGUGAGUCUUUCACCCCAGUCCCUGCUCCUUCUCCCCAAAGAAAUCUCUUUUUGGUGUUUUCUGUAUCUCACCAUAAGUUGUGUGUAUAUACAAGCAUGUGUAUUGCAGGAUUAAGGUUGGAGCUAUUAACCUGAAGGUUGUUUUCCUGUAGCCCUGACUUUUUUCUCUCUUGGAGGGCUUCGUUGCCUCAUGGAGACAUCAUUUGCCCCAGGGAGGACCAGAA